UUAAGACUCAAGAGCGGUAUGAAGACUAAUGAGGGAAUCUUGGAGGUCUUUGGAGGUCCCAGUCUUCAGGACCAAUGGAUUCCAGUUUGCACAGAAAGCUUAAAGUCAUAUCUUGCAGAGCUCACCUGCAGACAGCUAGGAUUCCCUGGAGUCUACCAAUUUACAAAUGAAACAAACAUUCAAUACAAGGACUCUACUUGCGCCAAUAUCGUCUGUGAUAAAUCAAACUUUUUACUUCAACAGUGUGUUUGGAAUAUGACACAACAAGAGCCAGUUGUAGCUAGCAGGUUAAAAUGUUUCAAUUUUGCAUACCGUGGGUGCUAUCCACUUGCUAAGAACAUCGAAUUCUAUCUGAGAUCCAAUGACACUGACGUCGAUGGUUGCAUACACACGUGCUCUAUGACGUCCUCAGAACUAGCAGCGAUCACGGGAGACGGAUGCUACUGUUUCAAUGUUUCUCAAUCCCGGAUCCACACUGAAUAUCCAGACGAUAGAAGGUGUGCUCGAAUAGGAUACAACAUCCAUGGAGGAGAUGGCAGUAGGAUAUGGGCCUUUCAUUACAAUGCUACUAUCGGGUUCUGUGAACACCCUGGUGAUGUCGAUCAUGGAUGGUGGUCAUCAAACUACACACAUCUAGGAUCUACACUCAAAUUAUCAUGUGAAACUGGUUACGUCAUCAAUGGAAGUGAAUUCAUCGAAUGCAAACCAAAUGAAAUCUCCACGAACAUGACGAAGAUGGGUCAAGAUUGGGACAAGACGAUUCCAGAAUGUCAGAGGGCAACAGAACCCCAAAAACCAACACAAAGUGUGUGA